UAGAAGUUUAAAUUCUGCCUUCACUCGUCUGGAGUUCUAAUAUUUUUGUUGGUUUAAAACCUUCUUAUACCGGGAAACUAAUUCAGGGUUUGAUCUAAUGGCCUACCAUUCUUAGUAACCUCUGAAGCUUGCACACAGAAAACCAUACAACACAGCCAAGGUUCGGGCAUAUGUAAAGCCCCGGUACAUUUAGGGUUUUAGAAGAAAAAUCAGUAAUGGCAGGCGAAGCAGACAUGACGAGCUGGACGGAUUUAUUGAACAACUCCACCAAACUUUUGCAACAAGCCGCUCCUUCUACAGAAUUUCCUCCUAUACAGAGAAGUUUAGAUCAACUGGAGGCUCUAUCGAACAAGUUGAAAGCUAAAACUUCGAGGCUUGAAGUGCCUAGCCACAACAUUGCAGCAACAAGACUUUUGGCUCGUGAAGGGAUAAAUGCAGAACAGCUUGCACGAGAUUUGAAAUCUUUUGAGCUAAGGACAACUUUUGAGGAUGUCUUUCCUGUCAAAGCAGCGAGUGUGGAGGAACAUGUUCAGCAGGUUCAUGAAAUGGCAAUGCUCUCUGCUAUACAAGCAGCCCAACGGGACAAUUUGCGGAGUUUUGAUGACUAUAUGUUGCAAGUUCUUGAGGAUGAUUGGGAAAAAGAAAAGCGGGAUUUUUUGCUCAAUAUGAGUCGUCUUCCAACCAUUUCUAAAGCAAAUGGUGGUAUCUCUUCUUCUGGUAUAAGUCAAAGUGUCAGAAGUUUAUCAGGCACAGCAACUCCACAUCUCUCACAGGGUGCACAAAGUAUGGAGAUAGUGCCUGCAACUGAGAAACCUUUUCUAGAAAAGAAGGCUUCAGCUUAUGCAGAUGUUGUGAGGAAUCUUAAUGCUGAAAGAGAACGUGGACUUCCUUUUAAGGUGGCAACAGCUUUUAAAACAACUUAUGAGGAACUAGCCAGCGAGACAUCUGGCUCAAAAUCUGUUAGCAUGCAGAAGAUCUGGAACUUGCUUCAGGCAUUGCUUGGGGAAGAUAAAGAAGCACCAAAGAAUUUGUCAAGAAAAAUGGUUAUGGUUAUUGGGGCAAGGCGCCAUUUAGAAGCUGGUUAUGAGAAAUAUAUAUUGGACACCAUCCAUAGUCAUGCUGCUCAGGCUGCCCUUGGAGGUGCUACUGGGAAUUUACAACGGAUUCGAGCGUUUCUGAGGGUUCGUCUAAGGGAUCAUCCUGUACUGGAUUUCGAUGCAUCAGAUGGACGUAGACAUCCUCCAGUGGACACCACAUGGCAGCAGAUAUACUUUUGCUUGAGGACUGGUUAUUAUGAUGAAGCCAGGUCGGUAGCACAGUCUUCUAGAGUCAGCCAAAUGUUUGCCCCACAGCUUGCAGAAUGGAUAUCAAGUGGAGGCAUGGUUUCUUCAGGAACUUCAACAUUGGUUGCAGAAGAAUGUGAACGCAUGUUAAGACUGGGAGAUCGUGCUGGGAGGGCUGGGUAUGACAAACACAAGUUGCUACUGUAUGCCAUUGUCUCUGGUAGCCGCCAGCAAAUUGACCGGUUGCUUAGAGACCUUCCAACAUUGUUCAGCACCAUUGAGGAUUUCUUGUGGUUCAAGUUAGCUGUUGUUCGAGACACUGGGGGUGCUAGUUCAUCCUUAGCACUUGUUCCAGAAGGUCUGGCACCAUAUAGUUUAGAAGAUCUUCAGAACUACUUGAACAAGUUCGAGCCAUCAUACUACACGAAGAAUGGGAAAGACCCAUUGGUUUAUCCAUAUGUGCUACUAUUAAGCAUUCAGCUGCAGUUAGCUGUUCAAUAUCUCACAAAAGAAGCUGGCAAUGAAGGUUAUAAUAUUGAUGCUGUACAUAUUUCCAUUGCCCUGGCUGAUCAUGGAGUCUUAUCAGAGGGAGUUGGAAGUGGACACAAGCUUGGGAUAAUGGAUGCUGUUGCUGAAAUUGCGAGCAUAAUUCAGCAAUAUGGUUCAUUAUAUGUAAGGCUAGGUAACCUGUCACUAGCAUUGGAAUACUAUGCACAAGCUGCUUCUGCCAUGGGAGGUGGUGCUCCUUCAUGGAUGGGCCACACCAGUGUUGAUCAGCAGAGACAAAGAGAGAUAAUGUUGAAACAACUUCUGACAGAGAUUUUGUUAAGGGAGGGGGGAAUUAUGCUUCUUCUUGGACCUAAUGGGACUGGAUCAGAAGGUGCUUUGAGAAGGUUUUUACCAGAUAGGCAAACUCAACACCUCUUCUUGCUUGAAGCUGCUCGGCACUGUCAAGAGUCUGGCCUUUAUGACAAGUCUGUUGAAAUUCAAAAACGGGUUGGGGCAUUUGCAAUGGCUUUACAGACCAUAAAUAAUUGCCUCUCAGAAGCCAUUGGUGCAAUUGCACGAGGUCGGGCUGAUGGAGAUACUAGGACUGCUGGUCUAGUGUAUUCGGGCAAUGAUAUUAUAGAAGCUUACAAGUUUUCUGGAGUAACAAGCAUCCAAGAAAGGGACCAAAUUGCAGAGCGACAAACAACAUUGCGGCAACUUGAGGCUAUUUUAGCUGUUCACAAAUUUGCAAGAAGUGGUCGGUAUGGUGAAUCUCUAAGGGAACUAACCAAACUGUCUUUUCUUCCAUUGGAUUCAAGAUCCCCUGACAUAACUGCAGAUGCAUUUCAAAACCUCUCGCCUCCAGUUCAAGCAUGUAUUCCAGAUGUCCUUAAGGUUGCUCUCACAUGCCUGGAUAAUGUAACAGAUACAGAUGGGACAGUUCGUGUUUUGAGGAGAAAAAUUGCAAACUUUGUGGCAAAUUAUUUGCCAAGAAAUUGGCCACAGGAGCUAUAUGACAAGGUAGCUCAGAUGCUUUGAAGACGCUGGCAAGUAUUGGCCAUACAUUAUGAAGACGAAUGGAGAAGUGGUUUUUAGUUGGGAGAGGGCAUGCUUCAAUGGAAUAAUUCCCCAUAAUUUCUUUUCUGUGUUGUUUAUAUGUAAGCAUGAACAGUCUUUAUUAUUUUGAAAGUGAUCGGUGCACCAUUUUUGUAGGGAUUUCUGCAACUAAAGGGAUAGGGCAUGCUAGGCCACCCUAGACUUUGUAUGUAUGGAAAGCCUGUGUUGUAAGACAUGGAUAUUUUGCUAUUUGUUUUCAAUGGAAAGACCUGCUUAAAAUAAAAAACAGUGGGGCUGGUUUAAAUUUA